AUGGAUCCUGAGAAUAUCCUAGUGGAUGAAGGCGCCACCGCAGCACCAGCCAAUGUGAGUGAACCUAAACGAGAAGCAUCGAUGAUACAGCGCAGCGUUCGAGUAAAAAUUCAUCAGCAGCGCCAAUACAGUGCACUGGAGACAUUAAAAACUCAAUUAGAGGAGCUGGAUGAAUCUCAACUAAAUGAAGACCAUCGUGUGACCUUUGAAGAUACUUACAUCGAAGCAAAAACCGCAUUACUGGACCAAUUAGAAGAACUGCAAAGAGUCCAACCGCUCAGUCACAUGAGUAGCACACAAGUGGAGCGGCAAUCUACACAUCGCAUCAAUUUGCCAAAAUUGCAGUUAACGAAAUUCAGCGGGGAGCAGUCGCAGUGGUUGGACUUCUACAAUGUCUUUACCACCCUCGUGCACAACAACAAAGACUUGACAGAGGUUGAAAAAUUUCAAUACCUCAGGUCAUGUCUCACUGACGAAGCCUCGCGACUAAUACAAUCACUCGAAGUGACAAGCAAAAACUACAAUACGGCGCUCGACCUCAUAGUCAGUCGUUUCAACAAUAGCCGUUUAAUCUUCCAGUCACACAUGCAGCAAAUUUGUGACCUCACGAAUUUGUCGUCAUCGAAUACAUAUUUGCUUCGCAACUUCAUCGACACAAUCAACGUCAAUCUUCGGGCCAUGCAGUCACUAGCAACUUCGGAACAAAUCGGGGAAGCAAUUCUAUUACACGUCAUAAUAAGUAAGUUAGAUUCAGCAACUCGAACAAAAUGGGAAGAAGAAGUGGCCAUCAACUGGAAUUGCAGAAGUUCAUCACCUUUAAAUAUACCAACUUGGGCAGACCUUGCUGCAUUCCUUGAGCGUCGCUGCCAGACAUUCAACAUGCUUGAAACCAACAAGGCAGCCAACCAAUGGUCAACCCCGAUGAAAAAACCUUCGCCUAAAACCAGCAACAAAUACGCGUUGGCAGUUGCGAAUUCACACAACAGGUGUCUGCUAUGUGAUUCAAGCCCUCACCAUAGCCCUUUCAGCUGUGAAAAGUUCAUGAAUAUGAACCCAUUGCAUAGAUAUUUUCUUGUGAAGCGUCUUAGCCUGUGUUUGAAUUGCCUGGGUAAGAACCAUACUUCAAGCAACUGUCCGUCCAACCGUAGGUGUCAACAAUGUAAAGUUAGCCACCAUACACUGCUACACAGGAAUAAUGAAAGCGAUGCUAUACCGAAUAUUCGCAACAACAACACCAGUGGUCCGAAAAGCGAGAAUGGCAACCAAGUCACCAUGAAAGCAGAGCAGAUCGGCGGCGAUGUCAUUCUUGCUACAGCCCGUAUUCACUUGUGCAAUUCAUCGGGAUCAUCACUUAUUGUUCGUGCACUUUUGGAUUCAGGAUCACAGCUCAAUUUCAUAACAGAACAUAUCGCACAACAUCUUCGUCUUCCACGGAUCAAACGAAGCAUUGAAGUUAGCGGCAUAGGUGCCACCACGACAAAAACACAUCAGCUUUGUUAUGUAACUAUGAAGUCAAUUCACACCGAAUAUACUUCAAGCUUGGAAGCUGUGAUAAUUCCUACAAUCACAUCAAAACAACCAAGCAGCAGCAUCAUCUCGAAGGGGUUUCAAAUUCCAAACAACAUCAAGCUUGCCGACGAAAGAUUUAGCGAACCAGGUGGCAUCGACUGCCUGAUCGGUGCCGGAAUAUUUUUCGAUCUACUACUUGUGGGCCAAAUCAAAGAUGACAUCAGAUAUCCCAUCCUUCAAAAGACCAAGCUAGGGUGGAUCGUUUCUGGCACAGCUCCAUCGGACUCAUCAUCAUCGCUCACAUCGUUGCCCACAUAUAAAACAUUUCUAGCUGUGGAAAACCAAAUAACUUUAGACAAUUUGGUGGAAAGGUUUUGGACAGUUGAAGGAUACAACAACCCACACAAACUGCUUUCAGAUAACGAAUUGACCUGUGAGCAGUUCUUCAAGCACACUACGACAAGGUGCCCGACAAGCGGAAGGUUCAUCGUCCGCCUACCAUUUAAGGAAACGCCAGUCGCAUUAGGCCAGUCAUACGACAUAGCGUUUCGAAGUUAUCGUGAGUUCAUGCACGAGUAUGAGCAGAUGCAGCACAUGAAGGUUAUCGAAAACGUCAAAUAG